AGGUACUUGAUGUGCUCCAUCGAUGCCAAGUGCGGCUUUGGGUGUCAGCUGCACCGUAUCAGUUGGUGCAUGAUCCACGCCGUUAUGGAGAACCGCACAAUGGUGAUGCGCCCCAACGCCAUUAGGGAAUACGGGCGCGACACCGAAUGCGGCAGUCAUUGGAACUGCUGGUUCGAUAAUGUGUCUGGGUGCCAGGUAUACGCAGCCGCGCGCAAGUCAAGUCUCAAGGAUCAGAAGGACUUCAAAACGUACAGUGAGAAUCCGUUUACCAAGCACAAAGAUUGGCUACCCCCUGUUUUGGUAGAAAGGGGUCUUAAAAAUAUGACAGAGAUGCCUACGGCCUGGUUUGUGGGCCAGAUCGUGGGAUGGCUGCUGAAGUAUGCGGACGAACUCAACGCUACCAUAGAAGAUUUCAAAGCAGAGAUGAAUCUGACCAGGCCCGUGGACGUAAGCCUGCACGUACGUCGUACGGACAAAGUCCAGGCUCACCGGGGUGAACAGACGGAGGCUGCAUCCCACACGUUUCAGGAGUACAUGCAGCAUGUGGACCAUCUCAUAUACCCCAACGCACGCCAUCACGACUACUACGCCGAGCAUGAGCACACGCCUGUUAAUAUAUACGUGGCUACAGACGACCCUACCCUCCCCAACGAUUUCUCGAACUAUCCGCGGUACAACUUCAUCUACGACGAGAGGGGUAUGGCGCUCGCGUCCAAACAGAACACAAGAUACAACGCAGAGAGCCUAGACCGCCUGCUGCUGGAUCUGCGGAUGAUGUCAGAGGCCGAGUUCUUUGUCGGUACCUUCUCAUCUCAGAUCAGCAGGAUUGUUGUUGAGCUGAUGAUGGCGAGAGGAUUACCGGAUGUGCCCAGGCGAGUGCACUCGGUUGAUGCGGUCUACUAUGCAGCAGAGUGAACUGCCACCCUCAACCAACCAUAUGAAUUUAGAGACCUCGGGAUCGGUUGCUAUGCCCGCCGAACCGCAAAUGCCAAUACUAGCCUUGCAUUUGCCCAUGGUAUACCCCUAAUAUUAAAUACAGCGUCCGUAAAUAGGUCACCUCAAACACCAUAAAUGAGGAUACGGUGCAUGGGAAAUGCCAAUACUAGCCCUGCAUUUGCUUAUGGUAAACCUCUAGUACUAAACAUAGCGUCCGUAAAUAAGUCACCUUAAUUACUAUAAUUGAGGAUACGGUGCAUGAGCAUGUGAAACGGGUUCCACGGCGAACGAAGCAUGGUCCAGAUGGACUGGGUAUUCAAAGUAUGGCAUUAUUCGGACACUGGAUGUGAGAUCAACGCUGGAUGAUGGAUGAUGACCAGCACCAUAUUAUCUUUACAUAAAUGAAUACGUUCGAAUCCUUCUUUACGACAUAAAUGAAUACGUUAUAAUCCGUAAAGAAGGCCUUAUGUCGAGGUGUAAAUGGCCCAAGAAACAUACACAUACGCAAAACGACUUUUUUCAUGAGACUGAGACUGUGGGCGGGGAUCAAUCACGUGGGUAUAGAGUCGGCGCUAUAGACAUAAUGAAAAUAUCCUACCUCAUUUGGUGUUUUAACGCG